AUGCAGUACAAAGUGAGGGGCGUGCUAAGCUUCCUAUGUAACUUAACAUGGGGAAACCCGCCCUCCGAAGGUGGUAAGAUCUGUCUCCUCUAUACCUCUGCCAUAAUACCCUGUGCCGAGCACUCCAGAUUAAUCAGGAAUGUGCUGUUCCAGGGGUCCUUGUCAUUCAGAGACGUGGCUGUGGGCUUCACCCGUAAGGAGUGGCAGCAGCUGGACCCUACGCAGAGGACCCUGUACCGGGAUGUGAUGCUGGAGAACUACAGUCACCUGGUCUCCGUGGGGUGUCAAGUCACCAAACCAGCUGUGAUCUCCAGGUUGGAGCAGGGGCAAGAGCCAUGGAUGGAGGAGGAAGAGAUCCUGACAUGGAGCUUUCCAGAAGUCUCCCAAGUUGAUAGGCAACGGGAACACCGAGAGGAACGUCUGAAGCAAGUUGCAGCCCCAGACAAGAAACAACUGACCCCAGAAGAGCACCACGCACGUACCACAGUUGGAAAAAACACCGCUCAGGACACAGUCGUUGUCCCUUCAGAACAACAGGCCCCUCGGUGUGAGUCAUGUGGCGCCGCCUUGCCGGGUAAGGCGGACGUCACUGUCACUCCCAGCGCGUACCUUGCGAGGAGGAGGUUUGAAUACGAUGCACAGGGGAACCUGUUUCUCUACUCGAAGCUGGACGCUCCCCCUGCGGGGGCGCGCCCACGCCAAUGUAACCGGUGCCGAGAAGCUGUAAGCCGUGCCCAAGCUCUUAAUGCCGACCAAGGAACCCACAGUAACAAGGAACCCCGCAAACGCACCGCAGGCAGGAAAGGCCUCUCUCUCAAGUCAAGACUCACUACCCGUCAGAGAGUCCACAGGGCCAAGCCACCCUCAGGGCGGAACUACCAGCGGGGAGGUGGCCCGCCCAGGCAAACAUCCGGGAAAUCGGGCGGACCGGAAACGCCGCCGAAACAGGAAAUGCCGCCGAAACAGGAAAUGCCGCCGAAACAGGAAAUGCCGCCGAAACAGGAAAUGCCGCAGAAAGCUCUUGGGGGAGACGAGCCUGUGCAUCCCCCCAGGCCGUUCUAACUGGAGAGACGCCUUAAAUGUGUUCCGGCUGUGAGGAGCUCUCCCACAAGUCAAGCCUCAUCGAAUACCACAGAUGCCACACGGGAGAGAAGCCCUACCGUUGCCCAGAGUGUGGGAAGUACUUCUCCCAGAAGUCCUGCCUGAUCAUCCAUCAGAGAGCGCACACCGGGGAGAAGCCCUAGGGGUGCAUCCGGUGCUGCAAGGCCUUCUCGCAGAACUCUUGCCUCCUCAUCCACGUGAGGACCCACAUGGGCAGCAGGCCCUACGAGUGCUCCGCCUGCGGGAAGACCUUCACCCAGGAGGCGAACCUCCUCCGACACCACAGGAUUCACACCCGGGAGAAGCUGUACGGACAGGGUGAGACAAGGCUUUCAUCACGAAUUCCCAGCACUCUGAGGAACGUUAAAACCCUAUGGAUUUUGUGAACGUGGAAAACCCCUGCGCCGAGAAGUCCAGGGCCAACUGUGGGCAGAGCGUCACACCAAAGUGAAACCCUAGCAAUUUAGAGUCAGAAAAAGCUUAUUCUUUUUUUAAUUUUUUAAUCUUUUUGCCACACCGCCAUGGGAUGUAGGAUCUUAGU